AUGGCUGACGCCGCAGACCUGCAGCCGAUCACUACGGUUAUCGUCCCGAUUGCACCAACUGCCGAAGCCGUGCAGGUCGUUUAUACCAACAUCAUUCUAGUCGUGUUGGUAUCAAUGUGGACGGGAUUGCGUCUAUACUCGCGACACAUGCGCCGAGUGCCCUUCGGAGUCGAUGAUUACCUGUACAUGGUUUCACUGAUCCUUUUUUAUGCAUUUGUGGUUAUUCAAUUUAUGAUGCAAUUUCUUGGCGGAGCCGGUCACCAUGUUGUCCUGCUUCAACCCUGGCAUAUUGAGAAGCUUAUGAAGUUUGGCUACGCCAGCCAAGUCGUGUAUGCCCUUUCUCUCGGUUCACUCAAGAUUAGCAUUUGCUGGAUGCUUCAGCGUAUCUUCUUUGUCAAGCCAUUCAAGAUCGCAGCUUGGGCCACAAUGGGGCUGUCUACCGCAUGGAUGCUCAUGACAAUCCUCAUAGGUUUGCUCAUCUGUAGGCCGAUUGCAAUGCAGUGGGAUCCCACAAUCCCUGGCGGUGUUUGCGGAGACCAAGUCACAGCUUUUGCAGCUGUUGGUGUAGUUGACCUCAUUGUUGAUGUCAUUAUUUUUGCAUUGCCCAUCCCCAUGGUGUUGAAGCUGCAAAUUUCCAAAGCACACAGAGUUGCACUGAUGAGCAUAUUCGGCGCCGGAAUUCUGACUAUUGUAUUUGGCUCCCUCCGCCUUGCCUCCAUCUUCGCUGUCGACUUCCUCGACUUCUCCUUCACUUCCCCUACCGCCAUGAUAUGGGCAUCAGCUGAAAUCGGCGUCGCAUUGAUGGUUUCAUCCUCUCCCGUUCUCCGCCCCGUCUUUGACCGAAUUUUCGGUCGAUUUAUCAGCACCCUACGAUCGAGCGCCGGCCGCACCGACCCGAACUCGAAGUAUUACAAUGGAGGCAGGUCUGGGGUAACGGGUCCUCGAACCUUGAUUUCAGCUGCAAGACAUCCUUCGCGCGAUCCAGAAGGGUUCAUAGCUAUGAGUGACUCGGAUGAAAAUUUCGAGAUGAACAAGAUGGAAGAUAAGGGAAGUCAGCAUCCUGGAAGAAAAAAGAGUGAGCGGAAACACUCGGGAUAUUUUCAUGGCGGCUCGGAGGGUCAUGUCACUCGGGAUGCCGCAUCAACAGAUAAGAUCUUCGUACGGACAGAUAUUGUUCAACAGACUUCUUAA